CCGUGAACGCAGCAUAAUCUGAAGAAGAAGAAGAAGACGAAAAAGGAAGAAGAAGAAGAAGAAGAAGGAAGAAGAAGAGAAAGAAGAGAUUAAUUAAGCCUCGGUGUUGGCGCCAAUCCGACUGACAGAGAAAUAAAACCGAUCUCUUUCGGUUUAUUAAACUUGCCGCCGUUUCUCCCUCGUCCGUCGCUCGGCGCUGUAGCCCGCUAGCCUCGUUAGCACACAUCUAUCAUUGUCAUAUUAAUCUGGCCCCUUCUCUCUGCCCGUAGUCACGAUAUAAUAACCGAGCAGCGGCGGCGGCGCACCGGGACAAUAGAGGUGUGUUUCUCCGGGGAGAUCGAUACGACACGGCUGCAAAAUGGGGAGGAAGUCCAACAGAGCAAAAGAGAAGAAAGCCCGGCGUCUGGAGGAGAGGGCAGCUAUGGACGCCGUGUGCGCCAAGGUGGACGCGGCCAAUAAGCUUGACGACCCGCUGGCUGCCUUCCCAGCCUUCAAAAAGUACGACAGAAACGGGCUGAACCUGCAGAUAGAGUGCAAGAGAGUGACCUCCCUCAACCCGCUGUCUGUGGAGUGGGCCUUCGAACUCACCAGAGCCAACAUGCAGACGCUGUACGAGCAGAGCGAGUGGGGCUGGAAGGAGCGGGAAAAGAGGGAGGAGAUGAACGACGAGAGGGCCUGGUACCUGCUGGCCCGCGACUCUGACUCCGCCCCCGUGGCCUUCUCUCACUUCCGGUUCGACGUGGAGUGUGGCGAGGAGGUUUUAUACUGCUACGAGGUGCAGCUAGAGAGCAGAGUGAGGAGGAAAGGGCUCGGCAAGUUUCUCAUCCAGAUACUACAACUCAUCGCUAACAGUACACAGAUGAAGAAAGUGAUGCUGACAGUUUUCAAACACAACCACGGGGCUUACCAGUUCUUCAGAGAAGCUUUACAGUUUGAAAUAGACGAGACCUCACCCAGCAUGUCCGGUUGCUGCGGCGACGACUGCUCCUAUGAGAUCCUCAGCAGGCGGACCAAACACGGCGAGGCCUCGGCGGGACACACCCACGGCGGCGGACACUGCGGCGGCUGCUGCCACUGACGGGCUCCGGUCGCGAUCGGUUAAAAGCCAGCAACUUUUCAUGGCUGUGUGUGAAAGCUUGAGCUGCCUGCUGUCCCGCAAGAAUUCCAAACGGCCGUAGAGCGCCGCUAAAAAGCGACGGUGGAAUACGCGGAUGUUGAUGUCGCUUUAUGGAUUGAGAUUCGUGUGUUUGGGUUUCUGCUUUUCGUGUAUUCCUGCUACAGAAGCAGUAUGCAGUGUGAGCUUUCACACAUAGUUUUUUUCCCCUCUUUUUCCAACUUCUUGGUUCACUGUCCAAGCCAUCUUUUCUCAUCUCUUCUCCUCUCCCUGUUAUGGCUAUUAGUAACUCCCAGUCAAGAAAAAGCAAAAGCGUUGCUGUCGUUCUCUACCACUGCAGUCAUCCUGCUCUCAUCUCCUAGCGUGCUGUACUGUAUUGAGUCAUCCUGCUUCUUAAACCGUAGUUAUGGACGGAAAAUCGGUGGCUGGCCUCGGGCUGUAUUAUAGUAACUUCCCACCUUGACUCUCAAGUGUAAAAUGGGAUUAUUCUGUGUGAAUCUGACUCACAAUAUUGAUGAGUUUUUAUAAUACUUCCUUUCUUUUCCAAGAUGACAUUAGCUGUAGUUUAGCCCCCUUUAAAACGGCAUGCUGCUGCGCUAACGUUUUCUGUUAGAACUCAAGUUACAGGCACAUAUGGCUUGGAAGUUAAAAGCACUGCAGCUAACCGCUACUGCACUGUUUGGUACCGCAACGACCCGCGAUACUACUGUUCAGCGAUGACGGCACCCUUCUAUUCAUGCGGAAUGAAUGGACAGAUCCCUUACUUUUACUUUUAAUAACGUAUAAAAUGUCCAAGGUUGCCUUUUUUUCUUCGUUGAGCCUCUUUUCUCUCAGUAGAAUAAGUCAAAAAACUCUCAUCGAUUGCUGUAAAUCUGCAUCCAGCACAGAAAAUAAUCAUUCAGGUGUUCGAGGUGCAUGUUGUAAACUUAAAACAUCACUGAAUGCUCAUCUCCUUCUUUUCAUCCACCAUCUAUUUCUCUUUUCUUUUUUUUUUUUUUGCUUUGAUAUUCACCUGCUGUAAAACUGCACCACCUUUCCUGUUCUUUGUGCCUGAAGGCGCCGGAUGAUCACAGCAGACCUCCUUUUUUUUAUCUGCUGCUCUCGUUUUCAGUCCGCUCCUGCUCGCUUCUUUAGUUUCCAAGAGGUACUGAUGAUUUAAAAAACAAAAAACGAAUCGAUGUGGAUGUUUAGCUGUAUUUAAAAACUACUAAAACCAUCCUCCAUCCCGUCUCCUUACGUUAGCAUGAGCGAAUCAUAUUGAUUUAAUGUGGAGGAGAAGUCAGUUUGUGUUUCCGCUUGAAGCUGAUGAAUGAUCGGAGAAAGAGAUGGAUGCAUGAGUGGAGGUAAAGGAAAAGCGCUGGAGAAAGUUUGGUGUCCCUCCGCUUCUCCUCGGUUUGUUUUCCCGCUGCCAUUAGCUUGCAUGACAAUUAAAAAACGAAAACAAUAGUCUUAAUCAUGAUUGGACGCUUCAGCUGCACUGCUGAUCUCCAAUGAACGACGGGAAAUCUGUAAAAAGGAGGAGAUGCAAGAAUUUGUCCAGAAUAUUCCUGUUUGAGGAGGAUUUUUAGAUCUCACAUCACUAUUUAAUCCACACAGGCUGCUUAACCGCUUCAACCAUGUCUGUUUACAAACUUUCGGAGCGUUUUCGGUUUCGAAACCACCGUAAAACCCUUCAGGUGGGCCGGAUCAGUGGAAAGAUGGGGAGGUUUCUUUAUCUAAUGUGACCGCGAAGAGCUUUAAGCUGGUACGUCUUAAUCAAGGCAGAGAUUUCACACAGGUUAAUGUCUGGUUAAAGUAUGUGAAGCAGGAGAUUUAAAUGUGAAGUCGUAAAGAGUUUUCUGACCUGAAAUAAUCUCUCAGAAAAGGAACAAAAAGGUUUGGUUUCAUCGUGUAAAAUAACCCUUUGAGAUUCAAGAAAACGGUUCAACAUGUUGCUUGUUUUAGGACUAGACUUCCUCCUUAUUAGUGCCGUAAUUCAUUUUCUUUUCUGCUGCAUAGGUUCCGGUUAAGAGGAUGUUGUACAUAGUGGUAGUAGAUCAAUCGACUGACAGUCUCUCUCUCAGGUUAAUCAAACAUAAUCAAACCUCAUCUGUUUUACUCAACAGCCAUGUCGACAGUCAGCUGGUGGCCGGGUUGGAUUUAACGCGCAGCGCUGAUCUGGAGUCGUUUUUUGUUUAUGUGCGGGAGCUUUGAGUAAUUUUACUUUCCAAACAGCCACAAAAGUAACAAUUAAAUCGCUGUAAAAACUCCUAUUCCUUAAAAAUGUGACUUUGUAUGACCGUAAAUAUGCUACAAAUUUUGGACUGAUUCCAGAUCUGUGCUGUUGUUGCAUUCAAUCCCAAAAAAAAGGCUCACUGGAAAUAAAAAAAAAAAAAAAAGAUUUUGUGAAAGUUGGAAAAUGAGCCUAAACCUACCCAAUUUCUUUUAAAGUCAGUACUUCUAUUUUCUUUUAGAAAAUGGUUCCGUACCCUCACAAAGUUCCAGAUACUUCUCUUGGUCUUUUCUCUAUGUGUAUAUAUAUAAAUAUAUAUAAGCUGUUGUGAAUCCAUCUUCAUUUCUUGGCCUUUUACAGGUGAAACACUUUUUUAAACAUGAUGUUGAAUAAUAAAAAAAUAGCAAAAAAAACUUCCAUGUUUGAGAGUGGGUGUUAAAGUCCUGUCCAUUAUGACAAUGAAAGGGAAAACUAAGUCAUUCUGCCUUGUCAGUGUUUUAUUUGUAUGUUACAAAUAAAGGAAAGUUGUUUUGACUUUUCAA